UUCAAGAUGACAGGAACUCAGUAUACUGUAUACCAUAGACCGUUCAAGAAAAUACAGUCUAUGAUAUAUACAUAUAUAGACAUGUAAGAUACUGCUCAGCGGCCGGAAGUCAACUAACUGACCGUUGUCAUAGUAACCGUAAACUACCAAAGAGCGCACGGUUCGCAGUGUAGAGGUAGAGAGAGAGAGGAAGAUGUCGGACGGCGGCUCGGAUGACUUCGAUGAUGAGCGCAGUAAAGUCGGGGGAUAUGAAGGAGACAGAAACGAAGCAGGAGAGAGACACGGAGUCGGGAAGGCUGUCCUGUCCAACGGAGACGUCUAUCAGGGACAGUACGAGCACGGCAAGAGGCACGGACAGGGGACAUAUCGCUUCAAGAAUGGGGCAAGAUAUGUGGGAGACUAUCACAAGAACAUGAAACAUGGACAGGGCACCUUCUACUAUCCAGAUGGCUCUAAAUAUGAAGGGUCAUGGGUGGAGGACCUGAGACAGGGCCACGGGGUCUACACCUACCCCAACGGAGACACGUAUGAUGGAGAGUGGCUGCAUCACAUCAGGCACGGCCAGGGCGUUUACCACUACCAGCAGACGGGCUCCCAGUACCGGGGCUCCUGGCUGAAUGGCAAGAUGGAGGCAGCUGGAGAGUACAUCCACUCUAAUGCCAGAUACAAGGGCAACUUUGUCAACAAUAAUGUGAGUUCUACUUUAAUGACUCAGCCUCUGCUUACUGACGACAUGUGGGAGAAGGGUGUCGGGGGACGAGAACAGUUUGGUUCACUAAUGCUCGGCAGGAUCCAUGCCUGUCAGGGUGGGCUGGAAUAAUACAGAAUGAAAGUA